AUAUCCUUGCAAAUUCUAGCGUAUGCAAUAGAUUUGGCAAAUUUCUGUACAUGGUUAUCCCUCGACUUCUUCGUUGUCUUCCGAGCACAAGCGCUACGGCUGUUCGGUUGCUUGCGAAUGAAAGUGCUCCAGCUGCGGAGGAAGCGUUCAGCAGGCAGAUUUUCGUGUUCGAUCGACAACUAAAGAGAAGCCAGCGUGACUGGGCUGCACGUCAAAAAGACUUUGAUGACGCGCAGUAUCUGAAGGAGGAGAUCGGAUGGAGAAUUGCCGAUAAGGUAUUUGACUUGACAAAAUACAACCAAUUGGCGUUAGACAUAGGAUGUGGUAUAGGUCACAUCGCCCCUCACAUGAUCAAAGAGAAUGUGGGAAAGCUCAUUCAAUGUGACAUGAGUGCAACAAUGGUUGAGAAGAGUCAUGGAGCAGACGACAGUGAGGUCCAGAUCGAACGAGUGGUUUGCGAUGAAGAAACGCUAACGCCUUUCCAAAAUGAUCAGUUCGACUUACUUCUGUCGUCGCUUUCGGGACACUGGAUCAAUGAUCUGCCUCGCUGGUUUGGCCGCUGUUACGACAUUCUGAAGCCUGAUUGUCCGUUUAUCGGUGCGAUGUUAGCUGAAGACACACUGCACGAGCUUAGAUGCUCUUUACAACUUGCAGAGAUGGAACGGUUGGGUGGGGUUGGUUCACAUAUUUCUCCUUUUAUAAAACCGCAGGAUAUUGGAAGCUUGCUGAACAGAGCCGGUUUCGAUAUGGUAACUUUGGACAGCGAUGAGGUGGAGGUUGGCUAUCCGAGCAUGUUUGCUCUCAUGUACGAUCUGCAGUUGAUGGCUGAGUCGCAUUGCACCCACUCAAGGAGUCCAACACUUCGCAAGGACGUUUUGCUUGCUGCAGAAGCUAUCUACAGAAGCAUGUAUGCUAAGAAUGGGAAGUAUCCGGCAACUUUUCGUGUGAUCUCAUUUAUCGGCUGGAAACCUGGACCAGAGAUGCCAAAGCCAGCUAAGCGUGGCUCUCAGAAUGUUUCAUUCAAGGACUUGGGUAAAGUUAUUGAAGAUCCUCAUCUGAUGCAGGAGUUGAGCAAAAAGAAGAAUACACCCAAAGACAAGUAGAUUCAAUUUGAUAGUUGCUAGCAUAUUUUUGAUUUUUGUUCAUGAAUAGAAUAUAACAAAGCAAUCCAAUUUGCGGAUUUUAAGAAGAUAUCUGAAGAA